UCAUUCAUCUAUUGUUGAACUGUUUACAUCACAUGGUCUAUUUCGGUAUUUUGAAAUAAAAGAUUUUUAUUCGCAAUUCCACGCUUUUUAAUCUAGAAGUGAAAAAAACAACAACACCCUCAUUUUCCUAUUCAGGAUGGAGUUUUCAAGAGAAAGGCUUUUGUGAUAUCUAUUGUGAGACACAUAACAGAUACACAUUCCGGAAUGUCAGGUUGUCGUAGAAGGUCACAAAAUGACACUUCCUUGAAGUCUCAAGACGGUACUCUUGCACUUGUCAGUGAUCUCAUAGCUGGAGAGGGCAUGCACGAAGUUUUACCCUUCAUACAUGGGAAGUCAUGUUUGUAUCACGGGAACGUAAAACACCCCAGAGUACAAUAGAACUAAACGUUUACUUCUUGUAUCUCUAAUUUUGUAAUUAAACUUUUAAGUUUUAACGUAAUGUUAAAAUGGCUCUUGUUUGUCAGUGUUUUUGUCAACAAAUGAAAUACAAGGAAACAGCAUUAAGUGUACUGCUGACAAAACACUCAUAAAAGGUAAUGAUCUUUUUAAAUUAAACGCAGCUCUUCUUCUUCUUUUUUUUCUUUCUUUUUUUUUUUUUUACCUAUGAAUAACUUGUAAGUAGUAUGUCCUCAACCUCAUGACCUUCCAAGUGUGUAGUCUUUUAAAAAUAUAUUCACGGUCUUGUGGUUUUAACUGAUAGAUUUUCCGUGUAAGACGUAAUAAAGUGUGUCUUUUCAGAAGGCCGUCACUUGUACAAUAAGAAUUAAAAGCUUUGUUUUGCCAGUUAGAUAAAAAGAUAGUGCCAAACGGUUCAAUGAGACCAGUUCUGUCGACCAAUCUUUAAAUUAGAAAACAAUCUAGUAUUCCUAAGUAUUUCACGACACUUCUUGACAUUACGACGUCUGAAAGACUUUCCACAGUCGGAAGGCAACAUAAACUAUGGAUGACGAUGAUGACGUAUUUCACAUUAGUGAGGAUGACGUCAGAAAUGAAGAUGAUAUGGAUAAGUUGUUCGACAUUAGUGAUGAGUUGGGAGUGGAUCUAACUGGUCUAAUUACUAUCGAUGAAAUAAAAGAGAGACUUUUGAUGGGACUAAGAAUGGAUGAAUAUGGAGACUUUAAACAAGUGAUAGAGAAAGCAAUGCAGGGAGUUCAGAGAGACAAUCAACAUAAGAGAAAACAAUUGCUGGAAAUGCUUAAGAUAUGUUAUGACACGUUCCAAAAGUACCAGAGGGAAACUCAAGAAAACAAGGAAGAUACAGGCACUUCGGCCAUCGAGGGGUUUCUGAGAACCGAAGGAAUUAUCAGUGAUCUCCGUAACGAUAUACAACAGAGAACGGGAUUAGUUGAGAGAGGAGAAUGCGUGGUAGUAGUUUCCGGAGAAACUGGUGCAGGAAAAUCCACUGUAUUGAACCUUCUACUCGAAGAAAACCUGCUACCUACCCAUGCACUUCCAUGUAGUUCGGUAGUAACCCGAAUUUCCUACGCUGAAAAGAAUAGUGCCCGUAUAAUUUACAGAGACGAUCGGGAAGAUUACAUCAUCAAAAAGUGUGACAUUAACUCGCUUCGUAAUGUUCUGGGGGACAUACUGUUUGAAAAGGAUGUGGAAAAACGAAUAGAAUGUUCUGACGUCAAAGAAGUCCAGAUUCAUCUAUCAGCGAAUAUUCUUCGGUGCGGCUUGGUUAUUGUUGAUUCUCCUGGUAUUGGCGAGAACGAGGCGAUGGAUUCUGUCAUUGGAAAUUUCGUUUCAACCAAUGAAGUAAUGGGUUUUAUUUACCUCAUCAAAUCAGACAGCGCUGGAGGCGUGGACGAGGACAAGCUAGGUGCACUCUUGCGCCUUAUUAUGGACAAUCAAAAAAAAAGAGCUGACCAAUCAGAAUUGCCGUUUGAUCCCAGUUGCGCCAUCUUUAUCUGCAACCUGUGGGAUCUCAUUAACAGGGAGGAACAACCGAGGGUGUACAAUCACGCAUGUUCUCGCCUCCAAAAAUACUGGACAAAUCUUUCACAGUCACAGGUUCUGCGAUUCUCCGCCAAAAAAGCAAACAGAGAAUUGACCGUCAGUAAGAAAUUUAUCACUGAUGAUUAUAUGAAGUUACUUGUGGCAAUUCAAGAACUGCACUCAAAAGCAAUGGAAAGAAGAAUUCACACCACUUUUAAGUGGAUUGACAAAGUUUUAACACGAGGAAUACAUCAUAUCAAAGCAAUAGUCAAGCAAGUCAACAGUGAGGAAAAUCUCGGGAUUGACAAAAUCCAAGACCUUUCUCAAAAAUUAGAGAUUUUGAAAAGUAGUUCGAAUUCUGUGGUGACCAAAUUGAAAUCACGAGUAGAGGAAACUUCGAUUGAAAUUUGUAAAAACUUUCGUGCGUAUCUACAGUUACCACAAACACGUUCACGAAUUACAAAUUGGAUAGACCGCGAAAUUCCACUAUCAAAUUCUUGGGAGCAAAUCAAAGAAAAGAUCGAAGAUAUCACAGCGGAUCGAAUUUCUCUUGAAUUAAAGGAAUGGGACGAAGAACGACAGGGAGUGAAAAAGCUAGAGGACGAGCUUUAUGAGGAGGUGAAACGAGAAUUUAAUGGACUGGAGAAUCAAAUCGGGAAAAUUGAACAAGACAUAAGCAUGUCAAGAGCCUCGGUGGGUAAAGAAGAGUUGCGCGCUUCCCGAACCACCAAAAGAGGACGAAGCACGCUGCGAAGAAUGUCGCAACUCAGUGUCAGCAGCAUCAACCUGUACAUUUCUUCCACUUCCACACAAAGCGCGGAGGAGGAACUGAUGCCUCUAAAUGUGUCCGUCCUUGCACAAUACAUAUCCCCAAUCAAAAAUAUAGCCCGCAAUUUCAAGAGAAAAUUCAAGAGACUGAAAGUAUACGAUUCUGUUGUUGUUCGCAAAAAGAUGGAUGCUUUCUUAGCUAAACCGACAAAGAUAGCUCACAAGAAAUCAGAGAAUGUUUUGAAAAUGUGUACAGACGAAAAAUAUGACAUUUUGUUUGAUUUUAUUCAAGCAUUGUUGGAUAGGCCGUGUCGGUUUCUGGAAUUGCUGGAGAUGAGAAUCCCAUCGGUUAUACAGUCAAACCAGGAGACGUUGAAUCAUAUUGUUCACUGUCGUUCAGACUCCAUUGAAUCUCGUGAGACUUAUAUCAAAAUGAUGACAGACUUCGAGAAAUUGAGAGAGAAUUUGAGAGAAUAUGGAAAAGGUUAUAUCUUUCUGACAGAUUACAGCGUAAACGAGCUCUGCGUGAAAGAUCGUUCCUGUAAAAACGGCCAUAAAUCCUUCAGGUCUUCUGAUAUGACAAGAACUGUCAGCACCUCAACCAUGGUACAGGAACCAGGAAAAGAAUUGGUGCGAGGACUGUGGACAGGGCACCAAAACGGAUACCGCAAGCAGAAAAAAGAAAAGAUGGUCAGCAUUUUCAUCCGUGUGUACCUCCCAAGCUCAGGGGUUACAGAAGUACAUUCAGAGAUAGCUAGACUUAGGUCCGUGGAAAACCAGCACAUUGCUGAAUUCCUUGGGAUUUCUCACUCUGAUGCGCCGUUACCAGCUCUGAUAUAUGAUGGACAUCUCACAUCUGUCAACGAUUUCCUUAAGCGGCAUCCUUUAGAAAGAGACGUUCACGUGAACAGAAUUAUUCAAGAAGUGAUUGAGGGGCUGAUCUACUUACAUAAGUGCGACAUGGUUCACAUGGAACUGACUUCUGAUACCGUUACAGUGUCAGCGGAGAAACCAUCUCAAGGUACAGUGAAGUUAAGUGGGACCUGUUUACCCAGAAAAGCCAUGCUACCACUCGACAAGGAUCACAUCCAAGCUCAAGAGUUUAUAUACCUCUCACCGGAAGUCCUAAGCGGUGACGUGUACACAACUAAGGAUGACGUGUAUUCGUUUGCUUUGUUCAUGUAUGAAUUGAUUUUGAUUUCUCGAGCAUUUGAUUCACAAAGGUCAAUGACGCUUGCGGACUUUAUACAUUCAAUUGAUGUGUCUUCCAUGCUGCAGCUGAGGCAACGAUUGGCAAAGACAGACGAAACAACACAAGAUUUGAUUACAAAAAGUUUGAUUCACCCCACAGAGCUGAGACCAACUAUGUCCGAAUUCUUGGUAAUCUUUUCGGAGGAAAACCACACCAGGAGAACGCGAAUGAAUUCAUCCUUGUCUACUCAUGAGACGUUGCAAGAAGAUCAUAAUGAGACGUUUUAGAAAUCCCAUUAUCGAAACACUCAACAGCACAUAUUGGAGUGUAUGCGUGAUCGUCUUUUAAUUCAUUACAAUUAAUUGUGAAUACUUUGCGUUCAUCAGGAAUAUGUUGUCUUGUUAGGUUAUUAUUUGUAAAUAAUGAAUAAUUGAUUUUGAAGUAGAAGUAGGACUUCUAACUUUAGUGAGCUUUUGUCAUAAGUGUGCAUUUUUCCCCUUCAGGCUUGAUGUUUGUCAAUCUCAUUAGAAUUACAAAUGUUGCUGUCUUGAUUAGAUUAAAGGUUUGUCAAACACAUUUUCGCAAUAUCGAAGUGGCAUAUUGUUCAAUGUAUAUAUAAAUGAUAUAAUAAAUAUACACAUGCACUGUACAAUGGUGACGGUAUUCACUACAAAGUCUUUGAAAUCAUAAAAAGCAUUGGCUCAUCGGGAAC